GUUUCUAAAUCCAGCUCAAAGGCUUCUUUCCUGGGAAGAGCCGGAGAGGGUUCCCAUACAGCGAUUCAGCUCUACGUGGUCAACACAGGGGGCCCACCAGACACAGCUUCUCUUCCUCAGUGGAGAACGGGGCUCGUGUCUGAUAACACAACGUGGUGCGUUAUUGACCGUGGGUUUGAGCUGAUCCCAGUGUGGGAUGUCAUCCUGUACAAUCACAGGUGGGAUUUUAAGUCUGUGGGUCAGAUGAGCAGAGCCCUCAGGGCUGCGUACAAAGCACUAACAAAUCUGAGUGUUGGCAGCAUUUUUGGAGAGGAACUGGGCAGUGCAGUGCAAGAGGCCAGAGAAUUCAUCAGGACUCUGAAAGCCUGGAAGAUCCCAGCGGAUGAAAGGAAGCUUCUCAUGCUGAUGGAGCUAAAAGAUGAUCUGAAUGCAAAAACCAGGAACCCCAGUGUGUGGAUCAACGUGUGCCUGUCAGACAAAGCCCUGCAGGACUUCCUGGUGAACACCGUGCGGAGUUGCCAGGAGUCACCUCCAGAAAACACCACCUUUAUCAAGGUAAUAUUGAAAAGCCUUCUGACUCCACAUAUCUACUCUGUCAAGGACUUCCCUGAGGCUUCCUUCAUUAUGCAAUGGAUCUUCCAGACUGAACACCCACUUCCCAAAUCUCCCAAAGUCUCUGAGCUUGAAGACCUCAUCAAAACACUGCAGCAAAUGAAGGAGCACAUCCAUGCUGUCUCCUACGCACCAGGAAGCUCUGCUUCCGCCAUUCAUGAUGCAAAGCGAGAAGCGACCCAGACCAGCAGCCUCGCCAUUUAUUCAUUACUCCAGUGUCUCCAGGAAAAGGCUCAGAAGGACAUGGAACUGUUGGUGCUCUUGAUUGUGAGCAGCACAGGGUACCAGGUGGAAAGCAGCACUUUUCAGCACCUCCUUGGACACCCAGAAAUUGAGUACAUGGCCAAGGAAAUGGAAGCGGCGCACAAGGAGUACGUGAACCUGAAGGAGCAGGAUGCUGACAGAGCUGAGGCCUCUCUUCUGCUGAAGGGUCUGACGGUGACACCAGAAAGUCAAGGGCUGUCCCCUGAGCAGAAGAGGGAGCGUUUAAUUUUCAUGGAAGAUCACAUGAAAGGCUUGUGGUCCACACGGAUAAAGAAUCUGCUCCAAAAGCACAGUGGAGGUGAAGACUGGGAGAGGCUGGAACAGGACUUGCAUUCCUUGAUCAGUGGGUGCUUGGAUGGCAACGGGAAUGAAGAGAGGUUGCAGAACAUAAUCAGAGACCUGAAAGGCACUUUUUCAACAUCUGAACUCCCUAGCCAGUCUCAAUCCACCUCAGACAGCAGCCAAUCCAAAGCAGAUGAAGCCAUUCCAAAGCAGGAGUUCCUCCAGCUGCUCAAGCGCCUGGGACUGGAAAGUCACUAUCCAAGAAGAAUGGGGAUGGGAGAUUUCCACACCAUCUGCAGGACAUGUCUGCAGGACAGCCAGCCCAGCCAGGACACAGAACUGCCAGGUUACUUCCUGCAAAAGCUGUUAACUGUGGAUUACCAGGUGAGGUACCUGACUUGCUGGGAUGAGAGCAUCCCUGGCCUUGCAUCUGUGCCAGUAACUACAAAAGAAGAGGAUGAACUGUCAGAUUCCUUUGAUAACUUUCUUGAUGAUUUGGACGAAACAGCCCCUGAAUGUGUGAGCAGGGACAGCCAUGUGCACCCCAUGGACCUGCAGAUGGCCAUUUUCCACUGCGCUGAUGACUUCCUGAGACAAACCCUUGCAACCAAGCUGGCCUUCUGCCAACUGGCGCUGCCUCUGCUGGUGCCCAACCCGUGCACUUCACGCAUCGAG